AUGCCUCCAAUCCAAGAUUUCCUCCUCGUUCUCCACGCCACCGUCUCCGACCAAGAAGCUGAAGCGACAUUCGCACGCACAAAAGCGAUUUUCGACGUAGAGAACAUUUGUGUGCUGUGGUUGGAGGAGACCGGCGGCACGACUUCUUCCUGGGCGGUGAGAGGUGGAAUCGCCUUGCCGGAAGCUGCGCGAGAGCACAUCCGUGCGGAUCCUGCUGUGCGGCUGUUCUUCCCUCGUCCCGCUCGCGACCGCGCUGCUGGAGGUAGCGUCGAGCCAACAACGCAACCGCUUCGGACGAGAGACUUCUUCCUCCUGGUGCUCUCCGAUAAUGCGACAGACCAUGCCAACAUCACCACCACCGAGCGUACAAAAGCCAUGCUGGAGAAGGAACGCAUUUCCGUCCUAGAGAUCAAGCAAGGCGACUCCCUCAACUCCUUCACAGUCGAAGUAGUCGGCCCUCUCUCCGACUCCGUCAAAACUGCCAUCAAAACCUCUCCCGAAGUUGCCCGUUUCGACCUCGCCGCCUCCGUUUCUCUUCCUCCUCUGCUCCCUCUCCGCCAGAUGAUACAGCAACCAAGCCUAUCAUUCCGCUAUCGCAUGGUCCUGAAGCAGGUCACGCACAAAAAAUGGUUGCGGACGAGUUUCCAGACAGAGGAGGCGCUGGAUCAGGCGGCGUACAUCUUGAGGGGAGAAGGUGUGACGGUGCUGCGGGUGGGGUGUGUGAGUAGUAUGUCGGGAAGGAGGAAUGUGUGGGAGAUUGAGACUGUGGUUCCGAUUGAUGAGAGGACGCUGGAGAGAAUUCGGGGAAUUGAUGAUGUGGAGACGCUUGGGAUAUUUGUGGGGUGA